AUGGCAAGCUGUGAUUACUACUCGCUUACUUCUUACACUUAUACGCUCGACCGCUCAAUUACUCAAUCUUUACUAUAUCGACCACCCGACUUACAAUGCCUGGCCCUAGGCAACGCCACCAAAACAGUGAGUCGGGUAGAGCCAACCAACGUGCCCACGAAGAGCGUAUCGCUCGUCGCGCAGCAGAACGUGAGGCAACACAACAAGUUCGCGGUCGCGGUCGCGGUCAGCAGCAAGAAGAUCGCGGUCAGCGGCAGCAAGACAUACCCUCAGGUCGAGGUCAAGAUCAUCAGCAGCAAGGCUAUCUACAAGAUCAGGGUCGCGGCCGGCAGCAGCGCGAUCAAGGCCAUCAGCAGCAGGGCUUUCAGCCAAGUCAAGGUCAAGGCCAGUAUCCAGACUCAGGCUGUUCACAAGGUCAGGGCCAACAAUUCCACAUUAAACUGUCUAAUGCAUACUGACUUGAAUAAAGCAGCACCUGAUGUCACUCUUUCGCCUCGAAGUUCCCCACCAUUUCCCUCGCCAGUAAAUAUCGGGCCUAGUGCUCCUGAUCAAUAUCUAUACCCCGGUACGCCUUUCCAGGUCCUAAAUCCCAGCUACACGCAACGGCCGUUACCAGAGCCAGCCUCCGCUCCCCGUCAGCUACCCAAGACACCCCCACCGCCUGUAGUAGCAUUUUCGCCGGGGACUGAAGCUGUAAGUAGAUCCUUUGAUGUACCUAAAUGA